AUGGCUGCUGUAUCAAGAACAUCACUAUCAAAAGCUGAGCAUGAUGAACUUUCUUGCGUUUUUGCAGCUUUAAUUCUUCACGAUGAUGCCUCAGAUAUACUAAUUGCCCGAGGAUGGCGCUAUCUUGCGCCAUCCUCGGGCAAUUGAAAAAAUGGCCCCACAUCGGGAAUUGAUCCCACGUGUGUGGGGCCAUUUUUGGUGCGUGGAAGUCUAUGCUCUACACACACCAAAAAUGGCCUACACGUCGGUUCAAUUCCCGAUGUGUGGCCAUUUUUGAAUUGCCCGAGGAUGGCGCAAGAUAGCGCCAUCCUCGGGCAAUUAGUAUAUCACAGUAUCCUUUAUUUAGGCUGACAAAAUCUCAAAAAUCCUCACAGCAUCUGGAAAUCAAGUUGAAAAAUAUUGGCCAACACUCUUUGCAAAUGCCUUAAAGGGACAAGACCUUGCAAGAUUACUCAGUAAUUUAGGCGCUGGCGGAAGUGCACCUGCUGGCUCAGCUGCUCAAUCUGGCACUACAGUUGCUAAAGAGGAAGCUAAACCAGAGGAAAAGAAGGAAGAGCCUGAAGAAGAAGUCGUUGAAGGCGCAAUGGAUCUUUUCGGAGGAGAUGAAUGGUAA